UGUACAUCCGGGUCCUGGCGCUGCUGCUGCUGUAGCUAGUCGGGGUUGUUUGGUUGCUGGGGGGGCAGGAGAGCAGCCUCGGCCGCGCGCGCUCUUUAUCUCUAUCUCAGCUUUUUAAUUUACACACAGCCGCGUCCCGUCGGGUCGCAUCGUAAACCGCAGGAUGGCUGCUGCCGGGGUCCGGAGCGGGGGUGUCCGCUCCUUCACACACUGAACACUGAAAACACACAACCAGAGCCCGUGUGUUAGCGCCCCGUCUCUCUCCCUCUUUCUCUCUCUCUCUCUGCUUUCUUCUCAGUGUCUCUCUCCCCGUCUCCUUCUCUCUCUAUAUAUAUUUGGGAUUUUAGAUUUUCAACCUCCAGGAUGGGUGCGUUUUUGGACAAGCCAAAGAUGGAGAAGCACAAUGCUCAUGGUGAUGGUAAUGGGCUGCGCUUUGGCCUGAGCAGCAUGCAGGGCUGGCGAGUGGAAAUGGAAGAUGCCCACACAGCCGUCAUUGGCCUUCCCAAUGGCCUUGAUCCCUGGUCCUUCUUCGCUGUUUAUGACGGGCAUGCAGGCUCUCAGGUGGCACGCUACUGCUGUGAGCACCUGCUGGAGCACAUUACCAGCAACCCUGACUUCAGGGGCGGUGGUGGCGGUGGAGGGGUCGACGGUGGCACUGAUGAGGAGCCGAGCGUGGAGAGCGUGAAGUGUGGUAUCCGCACUGGCUUUCUGCAAAUCGAUGACCACAUGAGGCAGAUUUCAGAAAAGAAACACGGCGGCGCAGACCGCAGCGGCUCUACAGCGGUAGGUGUGAUGAUCUCACCACGGCACGUCUACUUCAUCAACUGCGGAGACUCACGCGGCCUGCUGAGCCGCGGAGGUGCCGUCCACUUCUUCACGCAGGACCACAAGCCCAGCAACCCAUUGGAGAAGGAGCGCAUCCAGAAUGCCGGCGGGUCCGUCAUGAUCCAGCGCGUUAAUGGCUCCUUGGCUGUCUCCAGGGCUCUGGGGGACUUUGACUACAAAUGUGUUCAUGGUAAAGGUCCCACGGAGCAGCUGGUGUCACCAGAGCCUGAGGUGUACGCCAUCGAGCGCUCAGACACAGAAGAUGAAUUCAUCGUGUUGGCCUGCGAUGGGAUCUGGGAUGUGAUGGCCAACGAGGAGCUUUGCGAUUUUGUCCGCUCACGACUGGAGGUCACUGAUGACCUGGAGAGAGUCUGCAAUGAAAUAGUGGAUACCUGCUUGUACAAGGGUAGCAGAGACAACAUGAGCGUUGUAUUGGUGUGUUUUAGCGGAGCGCCAAAGGUUUCGCCGGACGCUGUAAAGAGAGAGGCAGAACUGGACAAAUAUCUGGAGGGCCGUGUGGAGGAGAUCCUAAAGAAACAUGGUGAUGAGGGAGUGCCCGAUCUUGUGCAUGUGAUGCGAAUGUUGGCAUCAGAGAGCAUCCCAAACUUACCGCCGGGAGGAGAACUGGCUAGCAAGCGAAGCGUCAUCGAAGCAGUAUAUAACAAACUUAACCCAUACAGGAGUGAGGACACAGAUUCUGCGUCCACAGAUGAUAUGUGGUAGCGUUGAUCUUUUAAACCCGGACACACAGUUUACAACCCUCCAGAACCUGCACCCAGACCCACUACAGCUCCGGCCUCCCCCUGCGGACCACUGAGAGGGACCCGCCAGAGGAGGAGAACCUUUUCACGUUCACUUCGUCACUUACGCCAUCGAUACAUCUGGGGAAGUGGAUCAACGUCCGUACCCUUCCUCCAUAUCUCUCUCUUUCUCUCUCUCUUUCUCACCUGUUCAAAGCCAGUGUCCCUCAUCCCUCAACAUCACCCUUUCCCCUCAACCCUGCAGCUAUAGAGUCAGUUUUGUUUCUUUCUUUUUAUUUUGUUUUAUUUUUGUUUUAUUUUUUGGGGCUGUAAUUAAUUUGAUUCACAUUUCCUUGUGUGUUUGUAUAUUUCUGUUUUUAUUAUUGUUUUUGUUGUUUUACGAUUUUUUUGUGAAGUGCAAUUGUCUUGUACAAAGAAAAAGAAAAAGCCUGUAUCAAAUGCAGCUUGACAUUAAAUAAAAAUAAAUCCAUAAAAAUUACAAAACCUCAGAAAAAAAAGAAAAAAAAAAAUCAGAAGAGCAAACCUUUAUGCACUAUCUGCCUUUCUGUUCAUAAAAUCCUUAAAUACAACCCCACCAUCUGCCCCCAUCACCAGGAUUUAAAACCUAAAGUUCUUGUGUAAAAAUGUUUUAUUUGUUUUGCUGAAAACCCCGUUCUGUAUGGCCUUCCCAAAAUUUCCUUUGCAGUUUUUUUAAAAUGAAAAAAAAAAAAAACAAACUCAAAAAAGGUUGGUUGUGUUUUAAUUUUUUUCUUACUUUUUAAUUUGAAUUUUUUGCUUUGUUUUUAUCUUUUUUAUUGGCUCUUCAGAUAAAACGGGUAAAUAAAUAAACAAUAAACAGGCUCACAAUGCCUAAAGUGUUUUUUUUUUUUUUUUUUUUUUUCUGUUUUUGUAAAUCGAAAUAUUGUUUUUUUUUUUUUGUUUUUUUUUUUUUUUGUGUUUCUCUUUCUUUAUUGGCACAUAGGACGCAGCAGCGAUGGUGAGUGCCACUGUCUCGUCUUACCUGCUACUGUCUUUUACAAUUUUUUUAUUAUUAUUAUUAUAAAGAAACCAUUUUAAAUCUUCCUUAAAACCAAGCUAAGCUCAAAUGUAUGUGUGUAUGUAUGUACACAGUGUGUGUGUGUGUGUGUAUGUUCACAGUGUGUGUUUUUUUUUUUUUUUUGGGUGUGGGUGCAUGAGCGAGAGACAGCGUGACGAGGAUGAUGUGUAAUUAGCAUGAGAACGCCAGGCUCCUCCUUUCUUCAUCAGUCUUUUAUGCGGAAUUAUUUUUCUGUUUCUUUUCUGUGGACCUAAUCUAGAUUAGAGCUUUAUGCUGCGUUCCUCCAGAGUUCUGCAGCAUGGUGGAACACUGGGGUUCGUCUGCACAUGUUUUCUCAGCACUUUUCUUUCUUUCAGUUUUUGUUGUGUAACAGGCUUUGGGAAGCGUCUUUUCAUUGCUUAAAGGAAUAACUUGACCAAACAUGUUAAUGCGGUUAGUGAAGCAGUGGUUCACUGAGAGAUGCAGCCAGUUUCCUCCCUUUCCAGUCAGUCAAGACUUGUUGGUGUCUAAAGUUUAGACACUGUAGUUGAAAAUUAUUUAAUUUUGCAUGACAUAAGUGUCUGUUUCUAGGUGAUGAUAUGGCCUCAAACCAGUUUCAAAAUACUUUGUCUAUAAACAUAAUUAAUGCAGAUAAAUCUAUUCAUAUAAUUUUGUAUAGUUUUGAAAAAUGUGUUUGUAGUUGGUGUAAGUGUAAAUACCUCAGAUCCCUUCUGCGUGUUCUAAAGCAUUAUUCGUUUUUUAUUUGCUUAAUUGCGUGAAAGCAACAUUUAAAAAGCAAUAUUUGAAUAUUUAAAUUUAGCAAAUAAAUUGUAUUUGAAAUUUGCAUCAAUUUUUUUUUAUUCUCAACAGAAAACUACUUUGUAGUAGUUUUUAUUUUUGAAUCUCUAAACUGAUCUAUUUUUGUCCAAGUAACCAAGUUAAAGAAGUUAAGAAAAAACUUUUUUAAGUAACAAAAUAAAGAUUUGAAAUUAAGGUUAAGAAAUUAAGAUUUGAAUUCUAAAUCUGUAUUUGUUGGUAAUCAAAAUUCAGUAAGAUUAAAGCUAAGCAUUACCUUCUAAUACUUAUACUGAUACUAAAAUAUUAAAUGACUAAAGUUUUUUUUUUUUUUAAUUGUAUUAACAAAUCAUGUAAACACUAAGCAUUUAAAUGAUUGAAUCUUACACUCCUAUGGAAAUUAUAUACUCCUCAAAUCAUCUGGUGUUCACUAGUUCACAAGAUGGUCACUUUAAAGCCACUAAAAAUUCAAUUUAAACUUACUUUUAAUGAUUACCAAGUCAUUGUUUAUUUACAAAAAGUUAUGUUUUCUUCUAUUUAAUUUAAAGUACAUUUUUAUAUUUGAGCAAAACUAUAAAAUCUAGUCAAGACACCAAACUUGACUGACUGUGUUUGGGAUUUUAAGGGCUGGGAAAGCUGCGUAAAUUUGAUUUUUCACUCAACAGUGAAUGGAAGCUAUUGAUCAGUGUGUUGCUUUUUGCUAUUAGCAUCAUGCUAGCUUGUUUUAGGUGAAUGCUAGUCAUGCUGGCUUUUGCUAACCUUGCUAUUCCUUGUGAGCACCAGCACGUUGGGUUUUUAGCUUUGUGGAAGAGGCAUUGCCUCGCCCAACCAAGUGUGUGUGUGUGUGUGUGUGUGUUUGUGUGUGUGUGAAUGCCUACAGCUUUGGCUCUGGCUGCUUGUUUUAUUUCAUGACUCUUGCAGAAAUGUGGAUUGUAAAGGACUUUUAUUUUGGCUAGUAAUGUAGAUAUGAGUCAGUGGAUGCAAAUGUGCAGAUCAUGAAUGUUGUGCAAAUUAGCAAAUAGUUGAAACCUCAGUUACUGCUGCCCUCUCCUCCUGCCAGUUCACCACCCUCUCUCCUCUUACUUUCACUCUCUCAUUUUUACGCAAGUGUUUUUUAGGAACUAUUUUUGUAUAGUUUUGAUCAGGCUUUUGACUAAGAACAAACAGCAGUGCGAGGCAGAGAGCUUGUUUGGUGUUUGGAGUGUGUCUUGUUUCUCGGCUCUGGGAAGUUUUUGUGUCUUACAAAAAUUAGGGAACACGUCAGAACACUUUGCUGCUAGAGUGUGUGAUUGAUUGAUUGAUUAAUCGAUUGAUUAAGAAACUGAUUGAUUGGUCGAGUUAUUGUGUGACCUUUGGUAUGGUUUUGGGUAAGGUUUUGCUGACAGUUGAUGUUCUUAUUUGACCCCUUCUCCCAGCCUGCCCAUUUAGGCUCUGCCCACAAAUGUGUUUUUCAUAACUACUGUUAAAGAGGAUUUAAAGAAUGCUGAGAAAAAAAAACAUUCAAAUCUAGCUCCACCUCAGUGUUUAUCACAGUACCUACAUUUAGGGUGUGUUAUUUGUUUAGUUUUUUGGAUGUGAGUAAAGGUUUGCACGAUUGAGCUGGGCAAUAUGAUUAUGAUUAUUGUGAUACAUUUCCUUAUUGUUUUGAGGAUAUGCUUUAAUAAGCAUAUUGAGGGUACUAUUGUUUAAAGAACAGUGACUUAACUGUGCAUUUUAUUACAGUACAAAAUCUUGGAUGAUGUGCAGCAAAAAAAUUAUUUCUCUGUGUGUCAAAAUUAGGGGACAAAUACUGUUUUGUGAAAAUGUCUAAAUAUUGUAAUAUAAUAUUUUUACCAUAUCGCUCAGCUAUGUCAGCACAUGUAUGUGCAGGGUUAUGUGGCUGUUAUACCAAUGUUUAUUUUGACAUUUUGAAAAAAUUAUAUCCUAUUGACUGAAUUGACUGUCCAACUACAGUUUGCACUAUUAUGUUUGCGUAAUGGCUAGAAAUGGUACACUGAAAUGAAAAGUCAUGGGCCAGUAACUAGUAUUGUGUCCCAUGACCUAAAGAACACUCUACUGACCUGUGGGAUGUGUGUGUGUGUGUGUGUGUGUGUGUCUGUGUGGUGUCUCUUAUGUGGAAUGUGGAUUUGAUGAUUUCUGCCGGAGUUGCUUGUCUGCUCAUAAGGACAGUUCUAGCCAGAUGCUGCCAGUCACGAUCAUUACCACCCACUGCAUUAUCCACUGUGGGUGGUAAUGCCUUUUAUUCCCAGUGACACAUGACACUGUAGAUCAAGGAAUAUUAAAUACUCACACAACAAACCGAAUGUCCCAUCAAUCUGCACCCCCACUCACUCCAGUAAUUUAUGUUGCCUUUAUAUAAACACUCUGGCAAGUGAUCAGCCUCACUCACACCUGACAGUCUAUACAGGUAUAGAGUCGUCCCCUAAGAUAAAACUCCAUGAGCAAUUUAUAUACUGAUAUCCUAUGACUGACUGACUUUUGGAAUCUAUAUUGUAUUAGUAAAAGUCAGUAUAAGAUUAAUUUUAGCAGAAGAAUGCCGGAUUCACGAUCAGGAAAAAAAAUCAGAAUGUAGCCUGAAUUAGCAUACACUGGCACUGUGUGUUGAAAUGUCUUGUAAGGAUGUACCAGGAGACACUGAGGAAGUGGAGAUACAGUCUCUCAUUAGGGUAAAUAUAUAUUAAUAACACUCUAAAUGUAGGUAUUGUGAUUAUUUACACUGAGGAGGUGGAGCUACAGUCUCUCAUUAGGGUUGCUCUACCUGGCAAAAGUAGUUGCAUGUGUUCUUGUGGGCAGAGCUUGAAGAGGUCAGUUUUUCUUAUGCUGUACGACCCCUGUAGAUUUGAAAAGGUAUAUUCUUUUCUGCAGAGAGAAAGCGAGACAGAUGGUUACUGUAAUUAUAUAGAUAUUUUCAGUUUAUUGUUUUUUUUUUUUUUAUCCCAUAUUUGCCUGGAAUUUUUUGUGGCUAAAUGGUUUCCGUAAUUUUACAGAAGUAUAAGUGUCCAUGCCACUAAGAAAUGGUUGGUCGGGGGUUAGAUUUCAAUCUGGCUAGUUUGUUUUGGACCUAGUAAAACUGGUCUAGUGUGUUAUGAAUACUUGUGUGGGAAGAGUUUACCAGUCUUGGACUUGUUAAACUGGAGAUUAGGCAUUGAGUUGUGUUUCUUAAACCUCACAGGGUAAUUUAUUAAACUUUCCCAAUUUGAAUUGUAACAAAACUGACAAUCUAACAACAUAUAGCUAAUCUGAACACAAAGUGCCCGUCCCCCUUUCCCUGGACUGUAGACUUGUGGCUUUUUGGUGUCCGUAUGUAACCGAGUUUGGCCAAAUAGAGAGCAGACAGCCCAUUCGAGGGCUUGGAUAGUGGACUAUUUUUGUAAUAACAAAAAUACAUAAAUGUUCAUCCUCUAAACUAAUCAGGAAUCACAGUAGUAGUCUGAGAAAACAGGAAAUGUACUGUUUAUGUAUUUUAUUGCGCAUUGAAACUGUGUAAAAUCUGCUUUACCAAUGUGGACCUGUCAUAUGAUGACAUAUGAUGAUAUGAAACUGUUCAUGCUUUUCACUUGGUCUGAAUAAAGCAUUUAUAACACAGCACCUACUAUUCAUCUUAUUAAGACUGAUUACACUGAAUUGACCUCAAGACUCCUCAAUAAGUGGUCAUAGGAUAUUUCAGUUAUUAAACAGGUUAAAGGGGAACUUUACCAAUGUUUCAAAAUUCUCUGCAUUUUUCUGAACCUAUUCAGAAAGGGGUUUGGUGUGAAAUUGCAGAGGUACUUACUGUACUGAUAUCUCAGAAUUAUAUAAAGUUGUGGUGGAACCAGGCACCGAAUGCCAUGAUUAUGGCAUUAAUAUUGCCAGUUUACAGUAUCUCACAAAACUGAGCACAGCCCUUACAGUUUUUAUUAUAUAUCUUUUCAUGGGACAACACUGAAGAUAUGACACUUUGAUACAAUGUAAAGAAGUCACUGAACAGCUAAUAUAACAGUGUAAAUUGGCUGUGCCCUCAAAAUAACAGUCAUUGAUGUCUAAACCGUUUGACCCAAAAUUGGAUUAAAACUAUGGUAAUACAGUGUCUCGUGUUAAACUGUGUAUUCAUACAGUACAUAUUUGAUGUAAAAGGGAGAAGCUUUCUGGUUCUGGUUCUCGUUCACCCCCCAAGUUUAGGUUAUUUCUUUAGAACAGAGAGUUUCACACCAAACCCACUUUGACUUGUUCACAUUUUAACUUUAGUCUAACUAUGCAGAAAUUUUAGACAAAUCUGUGGAAUUAUCUAUGAAUUAUUGCUCACAUGUGUUCUGAAUGCUUUGAGCCAAAAUGCCGAAGUGCAGAUUCCAUAACAGUGUGUUUCUGUGCACUAUAUGUCCAAAAGUUUGUGGAGGCCAACGUUUCUUCUGGAAUCAAGGGGAAUUUGAUGUCUCUGCUCUUCUGGGAAUGAUUUACACUGGAUGUUGAAACAUUGCUGUGAGGAGGAUUUGAUUGUGUUCGACCCUGUAAGAUUAAGAGCAUCAGUGAGGCCAGGUACAGAUGUUGGAUGAUUGGUUCUGCCACUUCAACUUAUCUUAAAGGUUUUUGAUGGAACUCCAACAUUUCAGAGAAACCCACAGCCCAAUGUUAUUGGGUAUGGUGAUCUUUGGCUCAUGUGCUCACAUCAGCACCAGAGCAUCCUGUACACUUGGUCAAUAGAGGUUUAACAAACUGAACAAACAUAUAGACAUGUUUGGACUUGUCUGAGGUUGCCAGAUCACCAUGGUUUUACAUAUUCUACAGUUUCAGUAUGGAUGCACUUGAUGUUAUGAACCACAAGGGUUAAAUUUCACAAGGGUAAUUUACCACACACAACCCUUGGUUUGUGUGAUGUCAGUGGUAAAAGUCCUGUAUGGUUGACACUGCUCUAAGGGCAGCUCACAAGAAAAAACCUUCUGAAUGUGUUAGUUUGAGAUCGAUUUAGGAAUUAAUUGGACAUGCCUUUUUUAUGUAAAUACCAUGUAGUUACUUUAGCCUUAAGCCCAUCAAUUCCCCUUCCAAUCCAUUCAUAUUAAAAAGAACAAAAUAUAACAUGAUUGAUCUCUUGACCCCAGAAUCGGCUGAUCAGCCAAGACAUGUUUUGUAUCUGAUUUGUGCUUAUUUUGUUUACAACUGCAAGAAAUACUAGGUUAAUUUUGCUAACAGGCACUUAGGGGUGGAAAUUGUAGGGCAUCUCGCGAUAUGUUAUAAUCACAAUACGUUGCCCACGAUAUUGAUGAAAUCAUAAUACUGUGAUUCUACUAUCCUCAAUAUAUCCAAACAAUUCUCCAUUAAACUUAACAGCAUCUGUGUUACUGAAGAGGAUAAAAUACUCCUAAAUAUGUAAAUACCAGGAGUUUCAACCAAUUUGACAGCAGCAAUUUACUAAGACAAACUUGGGUGACAAGUCUUAAAGAGUUUUGAGUGUUUCAUUGAAAAUAUCCAUAUUUGAUGCCACACAUGUAUCAAUGAUGUAUCGCAAACAAAAAAACGAUAAAAUAUAUAUUGCAAUAUCAAUGUUUUGUCCCACCCCUACAGGCUAAUUAUUUGACUGUCACUCGUCAUUCUUCUCUGUAAAAACAAAAUUGUAGUGGUUUAGAACACUGCGUGACUUACUUUAGUCUAUAAACACAGAAAAACUUAAAUAAAUAGAGCUGAAUGUUGAAAUAACUGGAACCACUUUUACCUCAGCACAGUGUUUAUCACUCCACACACUGCGCUUCUGUUUGGAAGUGGAACAGCACUACAAAUCAUGUAGGAGGACAUGAUGACAUGAUGAUAAUAUAGUUCCAGUUUGUGUGUAAAAGAGAGAAAAAUGAGAUUUAUGAGAUUUAAUCUGUAUUUAAGAUAAAUAAAAAGUAAUAUCUGAACUAAUAAAAUGUCAGCAGGCUUUGUAAAAAAGAGCUUGGCCAAAAUUGUUUACACUUUAAUUUUGUGUAUUAAUGUGUUAAUGUUGAUAGCACUGGUUGAGAGAUGAGAUUGUUAACAUUCAGUGCCAUUUUUGUUAGAAGUGUUAGCUGAGCAUCUCCACCUCAGAUACCAAGAAACAUGUCUUCGCUAAUUGACCUCACCUGGGGUCAUUUAAUUUAUUUCUUCUAUUUCUAUGUUCUUUUAAAGCGAUAGUUCAGCUGAAAAAAAUUAUCACACUCAGUUUGAAUCCCUGUAGUCAAUAAACCAAGACUGAAGCUAUGUGGCUAAUGCAGCUAAGCAGUAAAGGAUUAGCCUGUUAGCAUGCUUUUGUUUUCUGUUAGAUUUUUGACCUGCAUUAAUCUGUGUUUAUAGAUAGAAACCACAGCAAGUCUGCUGGGUUUGACUUUCUCAGUGCUAAUUGGUGAGAUAUAGGCUUCCACUGACUGUUAGCUACAUUAGCCUCAUGGCCAAGGAAGCAGCAAACUUCAGAGGCUAAAUAUGUCCUGGAAGACUGAGUACUUUAUUUUGACUGUGGAUUAUUGUGAAAAUUCUGUUUUGGCCAACCUAUCUCUAUAAAAAAUGUGUACAUGAAAUGUUCUAGUGUAGGCUUACCCCCAGUGCUGAACCUCCUGCUUUGACAUAAAGGGCAACCAAUUUCUCACACACUGACACACACAGUGACACACACACUCCCACUCCCACGUGAACCCAUCCCCUUAUGUCCCAAUUUUCUGCACGUCAGUUUGGUUUUGACUGGUUUUAGCCAACAGUUGCCCUAAGCUAAGCUAUUUUUAUUAUUAAAUUAUUAAUAUGUAUAUUUGUAUUCAUUUAUAAAUAUGUACACAAAAUGAAGUGAGUCAAGGAAAAUCGCUCCCUCUCCUAACACAUUGUGAUUCCCUAGCCCUCCAGGCAUCCUUUAACCGUCUGUUUUUGGCUUUAUAUUAUUAUUAUUAUUAUUUUUUAGUUAUUGUUGUCAUUUUAAUCUUUUCAGACUGGAAAUAAAACCUAUUUUAUUUGAA